GUGAGCGGCUCGGGACAGGUGAGCGGUUGGCUCUGCUGUGGUGAAUGGGCGCUUAGGAGGACGGCCGUAGCCAAAGAUGCCGGGGCGAGUUUCCUUUUAGACCAUGGCCACAUAUCUGGAAUUCAUUCAGCAGAAUGAAGAACGAGAUGGUGUGCGUUUCAGUUGGAACGUGUGGCCUUCUAGCCGCCUUGAAGCCACAAGAAUGGUUGUUCCCUUGGCUUGUCUUCUCACUCCUUUAAAAGAACGCCCGGACUUACCUCCUGUACAAUAUGAACCUGUGCUUUGCAGUAGGCCCACCUGCAAAGCUAUUCUCAAUCCACUUUGUCAGGUGGAUUACCGAGCAAAACUUUGGGCCUGCAAUUUCUGUUUUCAAAGAAAUCAGUUUCCUCCAGCAUAUACAGGCAUAUCUGAGGUGAAUCAACCUGCUGAAUUGAUGCCCCAGUUUUCCACAAUUGAGUACAUGAUCCAGAGAGGUGCUCGGUCUCCUCUGAUCUUUCUCUAUGUGGUUGACACGUGUUUGGAGGAAGAUGACCUUCAAGCACUCAAAGAGUCCCUGCAGAUGUCUCUGAGUCUCCUUCCCCCAGAGGCCCUGGUUGGCCUUAUCACUUUUGGGAGGAUGGUGCAGGUUCACGAGCUAAGCUGUGAAGGAAUCUCCAAGAGCUAUGUCUUCCGAGGGACCAAGGAUUUGACGGCAAAGCAAAUACAGGAGAUGCUAGGCCUGAACAAAUCAGCUAUGCCUGUGCAGCAAGCCAGACCUGCUCAACCUCAGGAGCAGCCUUUUGUUUCCAGCAGAUUUCUACAGCCCAUUCACAAGAUUGACAUGAACCUCACAGAUCUUCUUGGGGAGCUGCAGAGGGACCCAUGGCCAGUAACUCAGGGGAAGAGACCACUGCGAUCCACUGGUGUUGCUUUGUCCAUUGCUGUUGGCUUGUUGGAGGGUACUUUCCCAAAUACUGGAGCCAGGAUCAUGCUGUUCACUGGCGGGCCUCCAACCCAAGGACCUGGCAUGGUGGUUGGAGAUGAAUUGAAGACUCCUAUUCGUUCCUGGCAUGAUAUUGAGAAAGAUAAUGCACGAUUCAUGAAAAAAGCAACCAAGCAUUAUGAGAUGCUUGCUAAUCGAACUGCUACAAAUGGUCACUGCAUUGAUAUUUAUGCUUGUGCCCUUGAUCAAACUGGACUUCUGGAGAUGAAGUGCUGUCCAAAUCUUACAGGAGGCCACAUGGUGAUGGGAGAUUCUUUCAACACUUCUCUUUUCAAGCAGACAUUCCAAAGAAUUUUUAGUAAAGACUUCAAUGGAGAUUUCAGAAUGGCGUUUGGUGCUACAUUGGAUGUAAAGACCUCUCGGGAACUGAAGAUUGCAGGAGCCAUUGGUCCAUGCGUGUCUCUGAAUGUGAAAGGACCAUGCGUGUCAGAAAAUGAGCUUGGUGUUGGUGGCACAAGUCAGUGGAAGAUCUGUGGCCUGGAUCCCUCAUCUACUCUUGGCAUCUACUUUGAAGUUGUCAAUCAGCACAAUGCUCCGAUUCCCCAGGGAGGCAGAGGUGCCAUCCAAUUUGUCACACAGUAUCAGCAUUCCAGCACUCAGAAGCGCAUCCGAGUCACCACCAUUGCCCGCAAUUGGGCAGAUGCACAGAGCCAGCUGAGGCACAUAGAAGCAGCAUUUGACCAGGAGGCUGCAGCAGUCUUGAUGGCACGGCUUGGAGUGUUCCGUGCAGAGUCAGAGGAGGGGCCUGAUGUGCUCCGGUGGCUGGAUCGACAACUCAUCAGACUGUGUCAGAAGUUUGGGCAGUAUAAUAAAGAAGACCCCACGUCUUUCAGAUUAUCAGACUCCUUUUCUCUGUAUCCUCAGUUCAUGUUCCAUCUGAGAAGAUCUCCAUUUCUUCAAGUGUUUAACAACAGUCCUGACGAGUCGUCCUAUUAUAGACACCAUUUUGCCCGGCAGGAUCUGACUCAGUCGCUCAUCAUGAUCCAGCCCAUUCUUUAUUCUUACUCCUUCCAUGGACCACCAGAGCCUGUACUCCUGGACAGCAGUAGCAUUCUAGCUGACAGAAUUCUGCUGAUGGAUACUUUCUUCCAAAUCGUCAUCUACCUUGGUGAGACCAUAGCCCAGUGGCGGAAGGCUGGAUACCAGGACAUGCCUGAGUAUGAAAACUUCAAGCACCUUCUGCAGGCACCACUGGAUGAUGCCCAAGAAAUCCUGCAAGCACGCUUCCCAAUGCCACGUUAUAUCAACACAGAGCAUGGUGGCAGUCAGGCUCGAUUUCUGUUGUCUAAAGUCAACCCAUCUCAGACACACAAUAACCUGUAUGCUUGGGGACAGGAAACUGGAGCGCCCAUCCUGACAGACGAUGUCAGCCUGCAGGUGUUCAUGGAUCACUUGAAGAAGCUGGCUGUGUCCAGCGCCUCCUAAGCUGGAAGCACAGCCUGGAAGUGGGAGACAGUGCUGGCAGAUUGUGCUCACAUUUGUUGAUAGUGUCCUAGCAACAGUCACCUUUCUGGGAGAUUCUAAUAAAUAACCCAAGGAAUUUUUUAUAUGUUUGUCUUCAGGUUAUAAUUUAUUUGUAUUCCUCUCUGCCUGUUUUCCUAUACAUGAAAUUAUAUGUCAUAAAUGUUCUGCUAAUUGUAGAUGUUUACUUACUUUUUGUACCUUAAUGUUUUAGAGUCUAUAAAAUCAGAGUUUAUGUAUUUUUGGCUGCUUGUUUAACGUCUUAAUGAUCAUAAAGGAAAUAAAUCUGGGUGAGGAUGGCAUUGGCCAAAAUAAUACUAAUACAGAUUUUGUCUGAGAGUGUAUGUGUGUGUGUAUGAGUGAGAGAGGGAAGGAGAGAGUGUGUGCACAAAUCCAUGUUCAUCAAGGUCAGGCCACAACAUGCUAAAGGUGGUUUUCUCCUAUGUCGUGAGUCCCAGGAAUAAAACUCCGGCCCUUAAGUCUUGGCAUGUGUCUUUACCUACUCGCAGUCUCACUAGCCCCAAAGGGAAGAAAAGGAGUCCUAAGUUGAGCCUGAAAGAGAAUUAUGAGUUGGAUGUCUGGCUACCUAGACUGGUCAUAGUUGUCUACCUUUUGAAUUCAUAUUUGCUCACCUGUAGAAGCAUUCACUAUGCAACAGUUACAUUUUAGAUGUCAAGAAUUUAUAUAAUAUUUCCUUUUCUAGAGGACUUUUUAUGUAAUUUACAAUGGAGACAUACCUUAUAAAGGAGUACAUAAAACUGAAAGUAGAUUGGAAAUAAAAUCUCAUCACUGGACCUAUCUUAUCUGUUACAAAUAAACAGAAAAAAGCA